AUGACCUCGCCUCUGGUGGGCAGACCGCCCACAUGUCUGGCAUGUCUCAGGCGAAUCACAUCACCAGCCUCAUCAUCACAGACCGGCAACGCCUCGAUCGCCCUGACGCAGGUGCGAGGGAAGAAGACAGAGGGUCGGCUUCGAGACCAAGGCGUCGUCGUGCGACUGCUCAAGGAUGUCCCGCAGUUCGGACCAGAAGGCUCCAUCUUCCGCACCGAUCGUGGCCGCAUGCGCAACCACUUCUUCCCCAACCGCAAGGCCGAGUACAUGACGCGCGCCCGCCUCUCAGAGCUGGGCCUGACCAAGCAGGACAUUGGCGAGCGUGACUACAUGUUCGGCCUUCUUAUCCUCCUCCUCCCCUUUCUCACUGGCUUGGCGGCUGCGGCGGCGGUGGUGAUGAUAAUGAUGCCUGGGCGAUCGACAAACAAGCUGACUCCUGACAAUACACAGCCCAACCGCGCCCUUGAGCUGAUGCAGACCCUGAUCGACGAGACCCUCAUCUUCGAGCGCCGCCUCGUUCACCCUCCUCCCGCCGCUGGCAAGACAACCGCCUCGCCAGAACCAUCCUCAGCAUCGGCACUGGAGCAAAAGGAGAAGGAGGCCGAGGAGAGGCGCAAGAUUCACGGGUCCGUGUCGCUGCAGCACAUCGCCAGCGUUGUGAAGGAGAAGAUGAUGCUCGACCCGGAGGCGGUCCGCAUCCAUGUGCAGCCUGAGGACAUCCAGUUUAUUGGGCUCGGGGCUGGCGUGGACAAGGUGGAGAAGAUUGGAUCGUUCGAGGUGGAGAUCCGGGCGCAUGUUGGCAAGGCGAGGGUCGAGCCCAUCAGAAGGACGAUCACGGUUGUACCGCAUUAG